AUGGCGACGCUCCUGGUAGCAAUCUGCCGUCGCUAUGGCGGCAGCAGGCCCCUGACCAUCAAGCUGAGGAAGCGGAAGCCGGACAAGAAGGUGGAGUGGUCCAGCGACACGGUGGACAAUGAGCACUUGGGCCGGAGGUCGUCCAAAUGCUGCUGCAUCUACGAGAAGCCACGGGCCUUCGGCGAAAGCUCUACGGAGAGCGAGGAUGAAGACGACGAGGGCUGCGGCAACGCCCACUGCAUCCGGGGCCACAGGAAGGGGGAACGCCCGGGCCGGGGUGCCGGGAGCAGCCCCCGCAAGAGCGAGCCGCCCGGCCAGGACCAGGCUGCAGCCAUGCAGCACUAAACUCCCCCACCCCGCAGGACUGUCCGGGGCACCGCGGGGGAUGCGGGCGUGUCCGUCCGUCUGUCUGUGAGCCUGGUGACCUUUGAGCUGCUGUCGUCUUCUGUCCGUCCCGUCCAGCGCCCCGGCGCGGAAUGUACCGAGCGACGGGCCGGCUGCGCCUCUGUGCUUCUCC